UGUAGCCAGGGGCGUGGGGGUCGCGCCUUGAGCCGAGUCUGGGCAGCCUAACCCUCGUGGAACCGCUGCGCGAUCGUUCCCGGGGCCGCGGCCUCCUCAUGUCGCCUGGCUGCCUGCCACCUUCCCCCCUGGUGCCUCCCUUCAGCCCUGUCCCGGGACCGUGGCGGGGCCGGGCUUCUCCGCGGGGUCGGACUCCAAGUGGCCACUGGCGGGCCAGAGCACGCGUGGUGGGCUCCCCCUCACCCUGUUCCCCUCACUGCCUGUUCCCCAUUCGCCGCCCGCGGCCCUGGGCUUCGGUCAGCUCGGUCCCUCCGGGCUUGUGCGGCGCCGUCUGCGGCCGGAGCGGUGUAGGGCCGCUGCGGGCGGCUCGCUGGCUUUCUCCAGCUCGCAGCGCUCGGAGCGGGCAGUGCUCACGCCGGCCGUGUAGCGGGCCCCGCAGCGGAGCUCACAUGCAUCUUCCUUCAGCGAUGUGAAAUCUGUCGCUAGCAACAGCUUACUUUGCCUGUUAAUGCUUAUUCUGAAGAGGAUUGAGAUAAGAAUUGGUUCUCUGAUCCACCGGUUAUUCUCAUAUUGGUCCAGCGGUAUACUUGGCGUAGUUCUGCGAGUGUUGUAGCUUGCAUGCUCACUGCAUGCAGGCUAUGUAAUCUCUCUACGUCAUGGUAAAAACACUAGUCUAGGGCAGGCUUAGUUUCCUACAGUGAUUACAAGCUGCAGGUUUUUUUCUAGUGGAGUUUUAAUUUGGAAUUUGCUGAGGAUGCAAAGGUAUAGGUAUAGCACUGUUUUGUAGUUAAUUCGGUUAAAAUAUAAGAUUUCUUAGAACAGCAUGAACACUUCUGUGCUUUUAAAUUGGUGGCAUGAAGUUGUCAGUUAUUUAUUAUUUAAAUCCUUGGUCUCUGAGGCCCUUGCACAAUUAAAGAAUUGGGCUUAGUUUUGUGUGGCACUUUCAUGCCAAAAGUUACUCUUAAGUUUAAAUUUUUAAAUUAAGUUGUUGGAUGGCUUGUCUGCACUUUCUACCAAUGCUUGAUUGUUAGUAUGCAGUCAGUAAAAGCUUCUUAUUUGAACCUGCAUUUCUGUUCGUGGACUUCUUAAAUAUGGCAUCAUGAUCUGGAAUCGCUGUGUCUAGUUUUCACCACUGAAGGUUGUAUGUUGUAUCCGUGGCACAUCGUGGAGAACUUGCUGUUUAUCACGGAAGAAAUACUGAGAUCUGUUCUGAAUGCUGCUUAAAAAUUGGGAUAAGAAUGCAGAGUUGUGAAAUUCAGAAAUACUACAGAUUAAAUACAUCAUGAAGUAGCAGGGCAGCGGAUUUGAUUUUUCAAGACACGAAGGUCCUGUAAGAAAAUUCAGCCCCCGAAUUCUCCUUGCUUUUUGGCAUUGUCGUCACGUCUGUUGAGAAGAUACAUUAUAAAGUGUACUGGGUCUGGCUGGGAUGGAGUUAACGUUCUUCAUAGUGGCCCGUAUGGUUCUGUGGUUUGGAUUUGUGGCUAAAAGUGUUGGCCACACAUCGGUGCUUUUGCUAUGGCUGAACAGUGCUUCCACAGUGUCAAGGCUUUCUUUUUUACCUACUCUGCCACCCUGGCAAGUUAUGCUGGGAGGGAACACAGCCAGGACAGCUGACCCAAACUGACCAGAGGGAUAUUCCGUACCAUGUAAUAUCACGCUCAGUAACAAAAACUGAGGUAGAUGAAGAAGAAGAAUUUUAUUUGAUCAUUUUGGGUUUUUCUGUGGGAGACUUUUUUUAUUGGCUUCCAAGGUGCUUGUUAUUCGGAGGCAGGGUGGAGAUCACUCAGCCUGUGGGAGGUAGUGAGUGAUUUCCUUUGCUUUACUUUUUUUCAUCUUCACUGAUUAUAAGCUGUCUUCAUCUUGACCCACAAGUUUUCUUGACUUGGUUCUUCUAUUUUCUUCCCCAUCCUGCUGGUAGGGAUAAGGAGUGAACAAUCAGCUGUGCGGGUGCUUGGUUGCUGGCCGCGGUCAACCCACCACAGAAAUAGAAUGGAUGAUCUUUAAUGAAGUUACUAAUUGAGCAGGUUUUUCUCAGUUCGUUGUCUUUGCAAAGUGCUCAUGUAGAAGUGAUGUAGAAUUCAUUAGUUACAGAAGUUGGGCUUUGCUCUUGAUUUGCAAAACAUUCAGGUGCAGUGAUAGUUACUACUAUCAGUAGAUAACUUGGCAUCAGGAUGUAGUGCUUUACGUUUGUUAUUGAGCAGGGAGUUUGUGCACUGGAUAGUGACAAACACUUGUUAUUGGAGCGCUGGGAUCUUGCUGUUUUGGUUUUAUUUUUUUUAAAGGAUGUAAUCAUUUGACACAGAAACUUGUGUUUGAGAGUGCAGUGCUGUGUUGUGUGGUGUUGAAAACCACAGGAUAGGUUUAAGUUGGUGUUACUGAGGUGAUUCUUGUUCUUAUGUUUGGAAGGCAGUAAACAGAUAGGGAAAAUACUGAAAUUUGCUUUGCAAUUGAAGUACUCCCUGAAGUUUCUUCUUGUUGGAUAUGUUUGUUUUCUCGUUUGAUUGUCUCUGCUGUGUUUGUUAAGUGCAGUGCUGGGCUGGUGAGUAGCAUACUCUUGUUGUGAACUUUGAAAGCAGGUGGAUUUCAGAAGAAUGGACACGUCCUGUAAUCUUGAUGUGGACUUUAUGCAUCUUUCAAGGCCUGGAAAUAACUGAAUUGAGAGUUUUUCACUCGAUAUACUGUCAGUCUGUUUCAUUUCAACAGUUCAGUGUCGCACAAUUGAUGACCAAGUAAUCUCAUCGUGUUCUCAUCAUUUCCACAAGUCAACUUAAAUUUUGAAUUGUUUUGCUUCUAAACUGGAAACACAAAGAUGCAGUGCAUAGCAUCUUGGGACGUGGAAGGAGUUCUUCGUAGUAUCCCAAAUUGUGGGUUCAUUACAUGCUUGGCUGUAAUAUUAGCCACAGUUAAGGAUGAGCUGCAGCAGUGUAGCACAGUAUAUGAAGCAAAGUACAGAUAUCAGCCAUUAAUUAUGUUUCAUUUUCUUUCCACAGUUAAGUUGAUUUUACAGAAUUUAUCAGGUCUUCAAAGCAGAAACAGGUGAUUUUUGCUGUGGGUUGAGCUCAGCAUGGCUGUAGUCAUCCGUUUACAGGGGCUUCCUGUUGUUGCGGGUCCUGCAGAUAUUCGUCGUUUCUUCUUGGGAUUGAAUAUUCCUGAUGGAGGUGUGCAUAUUAUUGGAGGAGAGAUUGGGGAGGCUUUUAUUAUAUUUGCAACAGACGAAGAUGCACGGCGUGCCAUGAGCUGUUCAGGAGGGUUUAUCAAGGACUCACGCAUAGAGCUGUUUCUCAGCAGCAAGGCAGAAAUGCAGAAUACCAUAGAAAUGAGCCGGAAACGAUUUGACCGUGGGGGACGAGAAAAUAUGGCUGGCUCUAGAAGAACAGGUACUAAUGGUUCUGGUGCUGGUGUUGGAGACAUGCCACAUUUAGUCACGCCUUUUCCAAAAGGAAUGAAUAAACCUGGUUAUGGUCCUCCAAAUCACCCGGAGGCUGGUUUCCAUGCCAAUGGUGCAAGGCAUGGUAAUAUAGGUAUGCCUAAAUCAAACUAUCAGUCAAGAAAGGUGUGUCAUCCAUUUAACCCAGAUGAUCUGUACUUAUUUCUACGUGGUAUACCUUACUCUGCAACAGAAGAUGAAGUACGUGCUUUCCUUUCUGGGCUACACGUGGAUGGAGUGAUUAUGAUAAAGCAUCGCAAUGGUUUAAAUAAUGGUGAUUGCUUGGUAAAAUUUGCUACGCCGGGUGAUGCCUUAGAAGGACUUAAACGUCACAGACAGUACAUGGGUCAGAGGUUCAUAGAAAUUAGCCCAUCUACAGAGGAACGGUGGAUCGAAUAUGGUGGGAGGGUGGACAUGCCAAAUGAAAUCGAUGACUUUUUCUGUGAAGACCAUUCUCCAAGAAGUUCAGGCUACAUGCAUUCAAGGAAGCGUUCUCAUUCACGAUCACCAAGGAGACAAAGAACACGUUCUCGUUCAUCUCCCAACCAGGAAUAUUACAUACACUUAAGAAAUCUAUCUACUAAUCUGGAGAAGAGAGACCUGAGAGAUUUUUUUCCUGACCUGGAUAUAUGCAGCCAACAGAUCAAGCUUCUGACAGAUAAGCAUCAGAGGAGGACUAGAGAUGCCUUUGUGAUGUUAAGGAGUGAGAGAGAUUAUCAGGCUGCUUUGGAAUGUCACAGAAAGGUUCUUCUCAAUCGUCCUGUAUACAUUUUUCCAAUUUCAAGAAAGUCAAUGUUGAAAAUAAUUGACUCUUGUGAGAGGAAAAGGUCACAGGACAGAGAUCAUCUUGGACAGGCCAUACCAGAAAAAAGUUACCGGGAAGGUCAUUCCGGCCCUAAGACAUGUGUUUAUGUAAGGAAUUUUCCAUUUGAUGUGUCAAAAAUUGAAGUGCAAAAGUUCUUUGCGAGAUUUGAUAUUGAUGAAGACGAUAUUUACUUGCUGUAUGAUGACAAAGGAGUUGGGCUGGGGGAAGCAUUAGUGAAGUUUAAAUCUGAAGAACAAGCCAUGAAAGCAGAAAACUUAAAUCGUCGAAGAUUCUUGGGAACAGAGGUAUUAAUAAGACUUAUAUCUGAAGACCAGAUGCAGAAGUUCGGUGUAAGUGUACCACUGUCUGCACCAAAUGAAAUGCAGGGUAAUUCACGUCCAUAUGACAGAGGUCCAGUUGGCUCACCAUCUGGGCCACCACAAGGGCCACCCAUGCAUUCAUUUGGUCCCCCUGGAAACUUCAGGCAUCCUUCUGAAUUUAGGCACCCCCCUGAGGACUUCAUGUGCCCUCCUAAGGAUUUUAGAGGUCCACCACCCCUCAUGGAUUUUGGUGGUGACAGUGAACCUUUUGGCAGAAUGGAGUUUGGGAAUAAUAAAAUGGGAGGUUUUCCUGAAGGAAGAUUUAUGCCAGAUCAAAAUUUCAGUGGUGGUUCUGAGCGUGUUGUUCCUAUUCGAUUGAAAAAUUUACCUUUUAAAGCUACUCCUAAUGAGAUUCUGGAUUUUUUCUAUGGCUACAGAGUGAUCCCGGAGUCAGUUUCUGUACAGUACAACGAACAAGGAUUACCUUCGGGUGAUGCCAUUGUUGCUAUGACAAACUAUGAGGAAGCUAUGGCUGCUAUUAAUGAACUGAAUGAUAGGCCAAUUGGUCAACGGAAAGUUAAGUUGAGCUUGCUGUAAAGGAGGAAAAGAUGCUCUAGAAUAAGACAUUCUAGAUUUGACAGUAUUGACAGUUAUUGUAACUUUUUUUUUUUAAUUACUGGAAGAUGCAGAAGAAAACAGUUUCUAUCAACGGUUGUAAAUAUCUAGGUCAGUUGUUCAGCUCUUGGUUGAAAUAUUUGUAUGGUUAAGAUAUGAGAACUGUAUUGUGCCUAUUUCUUGUAGCAGAGAAGAGCCCAGAAAUUCAGGAGGACAUUGAAUGUCUUACAUCAAGGUAUAAAGGCAUGGAGUUGUAAUGUUUUGGGUUUUUUUUUUUUUUUCAGGUUGCUUUAAUUCCAUGUCCCAUUACUUUGCAUCAAAUAAAAAUGUUAAGUGUUGGUUCAUUGACCACACAAACGGUUCAAACAGAACAACUCCAAUGCUACCUGCAUUAGUAACUAACACUUCGUACUGAGGUUAGCUUUAUGAAAUUAAAAAGUGACUUUUUUUUUUUCUUUGUGUAAAUUGUUCAGGUUUUGUUCGGUUUCAUGUGUUUGCAGGCAUUCCUAUUAAAAGAAGACAAAAGAGCUUCCUGUUCACAUUAGCUGGCUUUGCAACUUUUUUAAUAAAAACAGAAAUUGCCAUUAAAUGUGUGUCUUAUAUUUAAAACUUGUGUAGGUAAUGAUCUUAACUGUUAUGCUCAGCAUACCUGAGCCUUGGUGAGAAUGAUGCUGGCUGUCUCAUCGGGAAAGACUGAACUAUUACAGUUUGUCAACACACCACUGAGCAGGUAGUUUAGACUACAAAACCUGUAGUAAUCAGUUGGACAGGCUUUCUUGUUCUCCUUGCUCACUGUAGUUCCUUGAGGCAGAAAAUUAAUGUUGGAAUUGGAUCAAGAAUUCUGACUUCAGUGGUCUUUGUUUUAUCUCCACAUGCUCGUAAUAUUAAUAUUAACUUGCUAAUGAUGUCUGGAUGCAUUCCAGGUCAAUCUCUUAUUAGUUUUAACUAACAUCUGUCACUGCCAACCACGCUGACAGCCAGCUACCUUAUUUUCUUACAUAAGAAAAUAAAUUCUUAUGUCAGUACUUAGAAUGCUCCUACUGCUUUGGUACCAGCAUAUUUAAAUUUUAGGAAGAAAUAAAAGCCUGUGUGAGGAGAAAAUGCAUCUUCAAAAUUCAGGCUUAGUAGGAAACUGGUUAUGUGGAUAAGGACUUAGUUGACAACCGUAUAAGAUAGUACUUGAAGUACUAAAGAAUUUUAGGAAGUUUUAGUCCCCUCUUGAACUAAGACAACAAAGUUGCAACUUGGUGGUGAAAACUUGUUUUAAGCUUUGCUCAGGCAAUACUGAAACAAAAAAAUCACAGAUUUGUAGAGUAGCUGAGGUUGGGACCUGGAGGUUUCUAGUCCAACCCCCUUCCCAAAGCAGCAUCAACUAGAACAGGUUAUUCAUGGCCUUGUCAGU